ACAGCUUUCCAGAAAGUGAUCUGAACACAGCCUGCUCGUCGAAAUAUCAAAGCUAAUAGAAAUAUCAAAGCUAAUAGCAUAUAGUUCAAAAAAGGAUUAUCGAUCUUAAAGGAUUAUCUAAAAAAUGCCAGACAAUCGUGGCACUCAAUGCUGCGCAUACGGCUGUACAAAACGCAAGAAAAAAGUGAAUGAGGAAGACGAUGAGCUCAAUCGGAGCAGUAGCGAAGGGCCAUCUGACGACGAAACCUCCAUUAAAAGACAGUUUCCACGGACGUUUCAUCGAUUCCCUGCUGAUCUUGAAAGAAGAAAGGUAUGGAUUAAAAAUAUACACAGAGAACGUUGGACACCUAGCUCGACGAGCAGGCUGUGUUCAGAUCACUUUCUGGAAAGCUGUUUUGACAGAUCUGGAAAAGUUGUUAAGUUACAAAGAGAUGCUGUUCCAACUCGUUUUAAACUCUUUCCACAACAUAUGAAAAAGAAAACAUUUAAAUCUGUUAGACCACCACGACAAGAAAGCGAGCGCUAAUUACCACUGUCGAGAGUGACGAUGACGACGAUCCUCCUGAGAAGAAGACAAUGCUUGACGACCAUGAAAUAGAAGAAAUGAAGAAUAUUCAUCAGCAAAAGGUUUCAAAAC